AUGCCUUCCACCAAGCUCAACCCUGCUGCGGCACCCUUCUAUCCCAGCGCCUCGUACGACGCGGAGGAGCUGGACAGCGAGGAGUGCAUCUCUCAGGAAGAGCUUGACGAGCUCGAGGCUGCGGAGGAGUGGGUCGCAACCAUGGCCGGCAUCGAGGAGGCCGAGAGCGCGUUCAUGAUUGAACUCGCGCUGGACCUCGCGCCGCCCGCGCUCGUGGCCGAGGCCGAACGGCGCUGCGCCGCCGGCGAGGCUUGA